AUGGCUUGUCUUGACUCAAUUACGAAGUCUGGCGUCUAUGUUGCAUACUUUUUGCCAAUCCUUCAAAUUAAUAACAUUGUUGGUGCUGGCCUUUUCAUCACUCAUGCACCUCUCGAGAGUCUAUUAAGGGCGCUGGAUGGGGGUGAGAUCCAAGUUUUGAGCUGGUCAGAAGUCAGAUUCUCGAAUCUCAUGCCCAUCUCCACCAUCUCAAAUAAGAGUCAUUUUCUGCCAAGGCUUGAGUUAUGGGCUGCGAUAUAUGAACCAAAGCUUGAACGCAUCAGGAAACGGAAUACUAUGUCUUCCAAUCUUCUUGUCAAUAUUUCUAGGUCUUUUGAAUCAUUUUCUUGGCUCAUGGAAUCUUGUUUCGUCUACAUUCUUAAUUCUGCAUUUGACUCUGGGCAGACUCGUGUCAACAGCGGCAACACAGGUGAUAGUUGA